AUGCUGCAAACAGUUCACUUGAACCUCCCUUCCCCCUUCCCAGCUAAAAUAUUACGCUUACCACCCACGACACCCCUUUCAUCCCUAUUACCUGAAUGGACAACGACCGAAACCACCUACAUCCGAACCAACUCUUCCUCCAGGUCUCUCCCGUUAGACGCCUCAAUCGAAUCAUUACGAUAUGACGAAUCACCUGAUUAUCCAAUCACGUUGCAUGUCUGUGCGAGGCUGCUGGGUGGUAAAGGUGGUUUUGGAUCUCAACUGAGAGCGGCAGGUGGAAGGAUGUCGAGUGGGAAAGCUACCAAUAUGGAUUCUUGCAGAGAUUUAUCAGGAAGAAGAUUAGGUACAAUCAAAGAGGCUCAACGCCAAGCGGACUUACUCGAAUCUGCUCCGGCAUUAAGAGCCAAACUUCAAGCAGAAGAAAAAUCGAAAUUAGAAGCAUUAGAACGUAAACUUGGUAUCGCUCCAAUCGAGAAUGAUACAGAUGCAGAAGGAAGUAGCAGUAGUAGCAAAAGAAAAAUAGUGGAAGAUGUAGAUUUGGAAGCAUUAGCAGCUAAAAAACAUAAAUUUGAAGAUAACAAAUUCUUGGAAGAAAGUAGGGAAAUAAAUGAUAAUGUUAGAUCGGCUGUUUCGAAAGCAAUGCUCUUGAAAAAGAAGAAGAAUAUUGUCACUGCCAAAUCUACAGAAGAUGCUUCUAAAGGAAAAGAGAAGAUUGAACAAGUUACCAAAAAAGAAAAAGAGAAAAUGGCAAUGCCACCUCCAGCACUAACCAAUGUCGCAUAA